GGCGAGCCAACACAACAAGUCUAUGGUCGGAUGGUUCAGGACCCUAACUCUAGAUAGAUUUCAGUCCUGUCCAUCACAUGCAGGAUUACGGAAUAUUUUUCACGUACAUUGCCUACCGCAUAUUUGCUCCCCGCUCAAGGCGCAGUAUUUCGAUGACGGACUCUGUGGCUGGCUCAUACCUUGGUCUGAUCCUAGCUCUACCCUGACAGCUUCGCACUUUGUAAGUGGCUGAACCUACCAUUUUCCAGCCAUCGCCCACAGGCAUUGCUUGAUCUUGGCCACAAAAUCUUGUACUCUGUGACGGCCACCUCCUCUUAAUGACGGCGAGUUCCGUCGGAGGUGCCCGUCUAUUCGUCGGCACCCUCCGAGGCUCAUCGCUCGUCUCCGUGAACCUGCCAUCGGAAAGCGCCGUCACCCUAUAGAGAUGCUAGUUUUGCAGUCAAGACAUGAUUAGCUUACCUUCUUCGCCGUUCCUGAAAUCUUCCACCGCGUCAUCACCAUGCGAGAAUAUUUUUCCCUGGCGGACACUUUCAUCUUCGGUUGAAACAUGAACAGUGUCCCACGGUGGCUAGGAGGCUUUCUACAAAAUUCGAACAUCCCAGGACCGGUAUUCCAGCAUUAUUGUUGCAGAAGCCGGAAGUCUUAACCCAGAACUUGUCAAUUCUUGACAUUCGAGCUAGGGCCUUGAUAUCCAUAAAAGACUAUCUAGUCCAGGUCCGUUUCGCAAUAUACGACAUCGGAUGCGGGUUCGUAUGACCAUCAAGGGUCUCCAGGGACAUGAUGAUACAUUGAAAAAGUCCUAGUCUGCGGUCCGGAUGCCACGACCUGGUACCACGGGGGACGCAUAUCCUGACGGAGGAGGACAAGGACGGGAGCCAGUGGCUCCUAGUUCUCUUCCUGGAGGCGUAUCUGGCAUCCCAUCGCACAAGGAACCGGUCAAGUUGCGAUCGAUCCCGGGCUGCCACUGCAUAUACCCAGUCCCUGACAUUGGAAGUGCACAGGCAGCCAUCCGAGACCUGAUCGUGGGUGGGUCGAUCCGUGCAUGAUCUCGUUCAUGCCAUCCAAAUCGCCGGGAAUUUUGGGACGUGAUUUUGAGGCAAGAUGAAUCGCUGCAUCCCACAGCUGCAAUGAACCGGCCCAGGACAGUUAUUUCUGUCAAUAUCCCAGGCUCUUGGAGUGCACAUGCCCUGCGCUUGGACUGGCGGGGCAUACUGAGAUGGUGUUGCACCUCUAUAUCAGUGGAUGACGUUGGGUACACGGCUGCCACUGAAGGUACAUAGCUCGGGGAUUUAUAUGAAGAUGUCGUGCUAUUGCCUACCCGACGAGAUCGAUUACGUAUUUUAUCGGGCAGUCUAGCUGAGAUCAUCACUACAGGAGAAGUCGUGGCUGGUCUAAGGCAUCUUUAAUUGCAAACUAUUCGAGGUGACUGACUACCUAGCAAGCUAGGUACAUUCAUACUUUUCUCAAGGCAUCUAUGAUUGUUCCAAGAGUCGCACCAGUCACCGCACCGGAGUCGAUCAAAACAAGUGCGAUCAAGGCCCCAGUGUUGGGCAAUGCCGGUUGGUCUGCAGAUGACAGCUCACAGCUGAAGAAAAUGGGCAAUUGUGGAGAGCAAGGCCUGUAUGGCAACUCAGCACGGUACUUGAGGCGGUUUUGUUUGGAUGGAAUACCCCGCACUUUUAGUAUGGUUCCCGUCUAUUAUCCCCUCCGUGGCUCAGAAUGUGUCAACUGUUUAGGCGCUUAUAGUAUCCGCUUAGUUGGCUGCCAGCCAUAAUUCAGUAUGGUACAGAGUGCUUUCUUGCUAUCUUCACUUGCUACCAAGGUACAAAUAUAACCCGCCGUCCAAGCUUUUGUUUUUUUGAGCCCGUUCCAAACCAAAAAAUGUGUGACUUGGUGAUUACUGAGGAUUACUGAGAAUUACAUAAACAACCUAGCGCUAUGGGGCAGCUUAAUGUGACAUGUAUUCGCGACUGCGAGACCUAGACGUCGAUUAGCGCCAAGUUAGGAUAUAUUCGGUCUUAGUUCUGGCUUUCCUUAAAGAGCGACUUCCCCAAAAGGAGACGACAUUCUUGGGGUUUUGCCAAAAUUCAAGUACCUGCCUCGGACUACUGUACCCAAUUUCAAAUCGCGUGCCAGUGUUUGGACCAACACAGAAGAACAAAACUGAAUUUGAAGAGACAAAUCAACAUUAACAUUACCAACUACCAAAAAUGGCAUCACAAUCAACUCCAGGAGGGCGGGGGGCAGCGUCGUCAUCGACGCCGGAGCUCCUCGACCUCACCAUCGACAACAUCACGCAAAACACAAACGUGAUAAACUCGCAGGCGCCAUCGGCGCGCCUCCGCUACGUCAUGGAGCGGCUGGUGACGCACCUGCACGACUUUGCGCGGGAGACGCGGCUGUCGACGGAGGAGUGGAUGGCGGCCAUCAAGUUCUUGAUCGCGACGGGCCAAAUCUCGGACGACAAGCGCAACGAGUUCAUCCUGCUGUCGGACGUGCUCGGGCUGUCGCUGCUGGUCGACAACGUCAACCACCCGACGCCGCCGGGCUGCACCGAGGGUUCGGUCCUGGGUCCCUUCCACACGCACGACGCCCCGACGCUGGCCAACGGGGAGAGCAUGACGUCGGACCCCGAGGGCGAGCCGAUGCUGGCCGUCUGCACCGUCAAGGACCGCGAUGGGAACCCGCUGGCCGGCGUCAAGGUGGACAUUUGGGAGACGGACUCGGGCGGCCACUACGACGUGCAGCACCGCGACAAGGACGGCCCCAGCGAGCGCUGCGUCAUGAUCUCGGACGACCAGGGCCGCUUCUGGUUCCGAGGCAUCAAGCCGGUCAGCUACCCGAUCCCCAACGACGGGCCGGUCGGCAAGCUUUUGGAGAGGUUGGGGAGGCACUGCUGGCGGCCGGCGCAUGUGCACUUUAUGUUUGAGAAGGAGGGGUGGGAGAAGCUGAUCACCGCUCUCUACCUCCGCGGUGACCCCUACGAAAAGACAGACGCCGUCUUUGGCGUCAAGUCCAGCCUGACCAUCGACCUGGACAAGGUCGACGCUGCCACCUCGAGCGAGUACGGCGUGCCCGAGGGCACAUGGCUGCUGCGCCGCGACUUUGUGCUGGUGACCGAGGAGGAGACGUCCAAGCUGCGCGACGACAAGGCAGUCGAGGCCUUGAAGAAGCUUGGGCUCAAGGUCAGGCUGGAAGACCACUUGCCUGUGCCGGAUCUGGACUAGAACUAGAUAGUUUUAGUUCUGGUCAUGCGUUGAUGCUAGUCACAAAGGCUGCAAAAGUGGCAGAAUCUCGCAAGAUAGAGAAUGCUUCAAUGAAUGAAUGAAAUCAAUGGAGACAAAGGAGGCUCAUGGCUCAUAUGUACAGGGGGGAUCACAUUGCGCAAUCUACAUAUACAGAAGGUUUUGUACGUACACGUUGAGGUGUCCAAAAAAGACCAUAGCCUCGGCCGGCAGAAACAUGUACAGAUAGCUCGCCCUAGACGUGCCGGCCACUGGGGUCAUCUAGGGCGAAACGCCCGCAGCGAGCUAUUUUUGUUUCAUUCUGAUCCAGAUUCUGAGACAAAGAAAAAAAAGAGAAGAAAAGAGCAUCGUGUCAGGCCCCCCGAUGCAAAGAUUUUAUAACAAGUCGUGAAGCAUUAUAACACCCAGAGAACAUAACUCACCACAACUAUGAAAGAGCUCAUAAGAAGGCAAUGAGAUUUGAAGCCAGAACGCCACCAAGCCAAAAUCCAGACCCUAAAU